AUGUGGCCGACACCAGCAGACAUGGUACUACUGAAAGGAAAGCCACGCUCAGAAUGGGUACGACCGGAGCCAGCCACUGUACAAGAAAUUGACUUCUAUUUGGGCCGUGUUCCGGAAUGGUACAUCGAGGAAAAAUUCCUAAAAAAUCCUGGAGAUUUCCUAUUGGCUCGUGGGCAUGAUAACAAGUUGCGCCUGUCUGUGAAGUCAAAUGAGAAGGGCAACCCGGUGGCCCACUUUCGCAUCGAAUUUUGUCAAACCGGGCAGGUGAGAUUCGUUUUUUACUUUCAUUCGGUUUUUUUUCAAUUCAUUAGUAAGGUAAAUGGUUAGCU